AUGCAAGCAGAAGUGUUGAUAGUAAGCGAACCCAACAGAAUCGCCAUUCAGAAUAGAAAGGACUGGAUUAAGGAUAACGAGUGCAAAGCUGCCAUAAAAGUAAUUGGAAAUAACAUAGCAAUUAAAAGGCAGGGUAGCGGUUCCGGAUAUUGCUUUAUAGAAACGGUAGACUUUACCAUCUAUAGUUGUUAUUUCUCCGGCAACGACGAGAUUGAUCAACUGGACGAGGCCCUAUUUGAAAUCGGCAGGAUGGUGCAAGGCAACAACGAAAAGGCUAUCAUUGCUGGGGACUUUAAUGCCAAAUCUACGGAGUGGGGUAUGACGCAUACUGACGCGAGGGGCGAAAUGGUCACAGAGUGGAUGGCCGCCAACGGCUUAAUCACUGUAAACCAGGGAAACUCGCCAACGUUUCAAAGCCAAGGCUACGGUUCGAUUCUUGAUCUCACCAUAGUGACUGAAGGCAUCAGGAUGAAAAUCGGACAAUGGAGAGUAGUUGAAACAGAAACGUUAAGUGAUCACAACUACAUAACUUUUGAAGUAAAAAAUAGUGACCCGACAGUGGUACGGCAAAGAGAAUGCAGAGGCUGGCAAGUCAAAAAACUUGACAGGAAUAAGCUUCACAAUGCAAUCGGCUUGCUUGGCGGAGACGGACCAUCGGCAAGAGAUUUCUCAGAAGAGUUGGCAAAGCUGUGUGAUAUCUCAAUGCCAAAGAAAAGGACUUUCAGGAACAAACAGCCUGCGUACUGGUGGAACAGCGAAAUAGCGGAACUUCGUGGAGACUGUAUAAAUAAGCGACGGAAAUACACAAGAACGAGAUACACUAAGAACAUGGGAGGAAUACAGAGAAAGCAAGAUAGCGCUCAGAGACAAAAUCAAGAAGGCAAAGAAAGAGUGCUGGACGCGGUUCCUUGA